CUGAGUAAAGCGAGGGUUAAUUUGGGAAUACGUAGAAUUUAUAACUAAUACUUUAGAAUUGAACAAACCGUUCACACCAUACACAGUGAAGCUUUAAAUACAACCCAAUUUCCCCAAUUACAUACAGAUACAUACAACUCUGGGCCACCAUAAUCCCCAAUCAGAGAAAACCUAAUUACAAACCACAGCAGCAAUGGGAGCAGAGGCCAGAACCACCACCGCCGUCGCAGUACUCAUUGUCGCCGCCAUCUUCGCGGCGGCGCUCCCUCGCAUGAGCGCACAAGCACCGGGCUCAGCCCCGAUGAUUCCGAUGAUGCCGCCGUCUAAAAUGCACCUUCUCCCGCCGGAGAAUUAGAAUGCAUGACGUACCUGCUGCAGCUGUCCGAUUGCUUGACAUUCGUGGAGAGUGGGAGUAACCUGACCAUACCUGACCGUGUUUGCUGCCCGGAACUGGCGAACCUGGUUGACUCAGAGCCGAUUUGCUUGUGUCAGCUACUCGGUAACCCCGCUCAGACUGGCCUCCCCAUUGAUAUUGAUCGGGCACUUAUGCUGCCCGCUGUAUGUAAUGUCACCACUCCUCCGGUUUCCAUGUGUCCAGGUGCUGGUGUUCCAGUAGGAUCUCCUCUUUCACCAAGUGAAGCUCCUUUAUCAGAUGGUGGAUCAGUAGCAGCAAGCCCAACUCCUGGGAAUCCCUCCAGCUGGAGUCCAAGCAGUUUAGCCACUAAGCAUCAUUACCUCAUUGGAUUAGCAGCUGUUUUAUCCACUUAUCUUUUCUAAUCAGUCUUAAGCAUUUUCUUGAAAUUCAUUGUUAUUAAUAUUCUUGAUUUUACCAUUUAUAUUUAUAUAUAUUUAUGUAUGCUGUAGCUACUACAUGUUCUAUUUUUAAAUAACAUUUUGAUUUUAUUAGAUGUGUAUUCAUAUUUGAUUUAA